AUGGCGUCCAACGAGUCGCUCUUCAGCAUCCAGGGCGCCAGCGACCUGUACCCCGGCAGCAGGUCGCACUUCGACUUCUACUACUACGAGGCCAUGGCGGAGGCGGCGGACUCCAAGCUGCCGUCCCAAUCAAUCACCUGCAUGCAGACUGGCGGAGACGUCGCCGAGGAAGAAGGACGUCGUCAACAGCGCGCUGUACCAGCCACUGGAGAAGGAGCGCGAGCAGCAGCCGCCGCCGCAGCUCGAGCCCCCCGUGUCAGCCUUCAUGGAGAUGACGACGGAGGAGGAGCGGCGGAGGAGCGACACCGGGUGCUGUUGCUGCGGCUGUUGCUGGUUCGAUUGCUCCUGGUGCUGUCGGUGCCCGUGGUGGCGAUGCGGCAGCUGCUGCAGCUGCUCCUGCCCCAGCUUCUGCCGGUGCAGCUGGUGCCUCUGCUCAUGAGAGAAAUUGGCAUUUGGAUCCGACAAACUUGGUGCCAAAUGGGAGCUUUAGAUGGGUAG